GGAGGCGGCGGCGGCGGACGCUUGGGGUCUGGACGCGGCAGUGGCGGCGGCGGCGGCGGCGGCGUCGGCGUCAGCGGCAGGAGUAUGAACGCCCCUCCAGCCUUCGAGUCGUUCUUGCUCUUCGAAGGCGAGAAGAAGAUCACCAUUAACAAGGACACCAAGGUACCCAAUGCCUGUUUGUUCACCAUCAACAAAGAAGACCACACACUGGGAAACAUCAUUAAAUCACAAUUGCUAAAGGACCCGCAGGUGCUCUUUGCUGGCUACAAAGUCCCCCACCCCUUGGAGCACAAGAUCAUCAUCCGAGUGCAGACCACGCCAGACUACAGCCCUCAGGAGGCCUUCACCAACGCCAUCACUGACCUCAUCAGCGAGCUGUCCCUGCUGGAGGAGCGCUUCCGGGUGGCCAUCAAAGACAAGCAGGAAGGAAUUGAGUAGUGGGCCGGAAGGGGCUCUGCUCAGCCUGUGAGCCUGGUUCCUACCUGCGCCUGACCCUCCACCGAGAACGGCCGGUCCCAGCCAUGGCCCACCUUGCGGCCCCCCCUCACCCUGACACCAACGUGUCCUGUACAGAUUCUCUUUUAUAUUUCUAAUAAAAUAUGGCAGGACAAGACCUGGA